AUGGCACCACCAAUAUUCGAUGGUUUUAAUCUCUUACGGAAGAUGUUAACCAUUUUGACAACCGGUUCUUUGCGAUCCCUCCAGGUGAAGCAGAGGCAAACAGACCCCCAACAGCAAAUGCUCCUUAAGGUGAUAUACGUGGCUGUCAGCUCCGCAGGACUUACCUUGGAGGCCCUAGAUCGCUCAGAUACUGUCAUUUAUGUGGGGAUAAUCCGUGCAUCUUAUUUCUUCAACUGGAAUGGUCUAUCUAUGGCUAUCGAUACCGCAUGCUCUUCCAGCUUGGUUGCCUUCAUGAAGCUACACCACCGACUUUGCGGAGCGGAAAAUCAAGAGUUGCAGUUGCUGCUGGGACCAAUCUUUCGCUGCCUCUCUUCGCUUACUUACUUGACAGAAAACAACCUUAGUGUGCGUUCCCCUGAAGAAAGAUGCGGUAUGUGGGACAAAGCUGCAGGCGGAUAUGCCCGGGAUGAUGACGUUGCCGCCAUUGUACUUAAAACACUCGGUGCUGUUAUCCAGGACGGUGACCAUGUUGAGUGUGUAAUUCGGGAUAAAGGGGUCAAUCUUGACGGGAAACUAUGGGCCUCACUAUACCAAACGCAACUGUUCAAGCCAGCCUUUGAUCCUAACGACCGUUUUCGGGAUUUUUGGAGCUUAUGGAAUAGGAACUCCUGCCGGAGAUCCAUAAGAGGCAGAGGCGCUCAAUCUAGCCUUUUUUUUUCGGGGGAUAGUAAUAAUAUAGAAGACGAUAUCUUGUAUGUGGGCUCUGUUAAAACGGUUAUUGGGCAUAUUGAAAGUGUAGCUGGUUUCGCCGGUUUGCUCAAAGCUUGCAUGGCCUUAAAUUAUUCCGAAGUAGCACCAUUCGUUUCCCACCUUAGGAUUCCAAUAACUCUCCAACCAUGGCCUAAAAUGCAGUACGGAGCACCCCUUGCCCAUAUCACCAGCUCCAAAAAGGCAGCACUUUAUUACCGUGCAGCAUUCCCCGCAAGCUCCACAGAACGGCUUAUAUAUCAAGGAUCAAGGACAAAGCAGAGACUGGCCAGGUGGAAGCAAAUUCCAUUUCUGCAAAAGUUUUGGGUACGCCAUCCAUAG